GGGGCUGUAAGAGAAGGCAUGGCAUGGAUCGUGCCAGUACCCCUGCUCUCCCUGAUGACAGCGUCACACCUGGAGCAGCUGGUGUGUGGCCUACCUCACAUCUCGGUCGCUACCCUCAAAAAAGUUGUCAGGUAUCGUGAAGUGGACGAGCACGACCCCCAGGUGGUGUGGCUGUGGUCUAUACUGGAAUCAUUCAGCCCUUGUGAACGCGUCCUCUUUGUUCGAUUUGUAUCUGGAAGGUCCCGACUUCCAGCCAACCUGGCUGAUCUAUCCCAGCGUUUCCAGGUGAUGCGCGUUGAUCGACCCAUUGACACGCUGCCCACGGCCCAGACCUGUUUCUUCCAGCUGAGACUUCCACCGUAUUCAAGCCAGGAGGUUAUGGCAGAGAGGUUGAGAUAUGCAAUUAACAAUUGUCGCUCAAUUGACAUGGAUAACUAUAUGUUGUCCAGGAAUCAAGACCCUAACCACCAUUCAGAUGAUGAUGAGUUUUGAGAUGAUGACAAACAUGACAAAGAGUAAAGUUUGACUCACUGUACUGUACUGUACUGUACUGUACUGUACUGUACUGUACUGUUCUGUACUGUACUGUGCUGUACCGUACUGUACCGUACUGAACUGAACUGAACUGUACUGUACUGUGCUGUACUGUGCUGCACUGUACUGUACUGUGCUGCACUGUACUGUACUGUGCUGUGCUGUGUUUUAUGAAUUUUAUUGAACAAUAUCAGGUUUGAAAUACAUGGUGUGACCCCAGAGUAUGGAAAUAAGAGAACUUGUGUUGCCAUGCUCCUGCUGCCUUAGAUAGCGUACAUAUAUUUGAGAAAACUCAAGUUUUGUGAUUUAGUAAAACUAAUGUCUUGUUAUAGUUUGGCCUUAACUCUUCCGCUUCUUAAUUGUUUUAAUCUCAGAUUCCAUCACAAUAAUUCUUAGAAAUUUUCUGUAUGUAAUUUCCUAACUUGAAUUAGGAAAGUGUUAGGCACUUAUUUCCUGUGUUGCAGAUGUUUAGAUAUGAUGUUCACUAGGAAAUACUUUACUGUGUGUAACAGUUCACAAGAGGAGACAUGUUUCUUUAUACUUAGAAUUUUUACACUAAAUAUUAAUGUUUGAAAUAUUUGAAUACAAGGAAUAAAAUUAAGUGUGGAAUAUUGUGAAGUAAACAAGUGGUUGUUAGUAAGCAUGAACAUGUUAAGUGUACAGUUCUUAUGAUAGUACUGCGUAGAACAACUUUUAUGAGCUAUACAACUACAGUACAGUGAUAGUGUACAUUAUAUUACAACUAGAAUUCAGUAUUUUUUUCUUUGUCAUUUCACCACUUAUCAGCUUAUUGACCAUUCAUGAGGUUGGUCUCUCCAGUACAGGAGGAGACCGGUGUACCCAGAGGAUACCUGUGAUGUUUGGUAGUGAGGGUCACACUGGAUAACACCCUUCUCAUGUGUGUCCAGGCAAGGCAGGACUUGAACCCUCGGCCCUGACACACAUGAGAAGGGUUGGUAAGGACCUGAACCACAUAUACAACCACUUGAGAAAUUAGAUUUUUCAACCCUGUACUGUGCUUGAACCAUCUACUAUGACUGAACAGUUCCACUUCAUAACAAAAUGGGAAAUUCUCUGUGUAGUAUAUGUUAACCAUUUAUUGAUGACAAUUUAUGUGUUAGAUAUUGUAGAUAAGUUCCUUUAGUAAACAUUUCAUAGUAAAUUCAUUAACCUGUAUGGAUAAUUUUUUGGGGUAAAUAAAUUGUUUACACUAAUUUAAUGCAACAUAAGCAGAGUAUUUUAUCUUGAUGUCUCAGUCUUUAUAAUGUAUGUGAGGUUAAUGAUGGAACUCCUGUCUGCAAUAGUCAUCAUACUGAAUAUCACUAAUUGUGUGAUUUAAUAAGUGUACAGUAUACCAACUCCCAAUUCAUGACCUCGGAGUGUUUGCAAACUUUCAAGAGGUUGAAAUUCACUCACUUUGGGGUGAAACUGUUAUAGAAAAUGUGAAUAACAUCAUAAUCCAUGAAAUACCAUAUGUAAGGGUUUACUCACAUUCACUUACCAUAUACCACUUUCAAAUUUACUAAAAAUGAGGGAAUAUUAAAUUUUUACAUCAUUCAUUACUGUAUUAAGGUAAAUUUUCUUUGUUAAUAUAACCUCUGUGCUGUGUUUAGUAAGUUAAACUCCAUAUUGUGCUGUUAGAAAACCAAUAAAUGUUAAAGACCCACUA